AUGAAAGGAAGAAAGCAAGCAUGUUCCUUACCUUUAACCUUUAUCUUGCUGUUCCUCUGUGUCACUGGGCAUGCAACUACUGACUUAGGUGACGAUGAAGAAGAGGAUGUUCUGGUUGCUGCUUUGCCACCACUGAAACUAGGGCAUUCAGUUUGUGGCAUGAAAGCAGAUGAAGGUCCCUGCAAAGCAAUCCACAUGCGCUAUUACUUCAAUAUUCAAAGCCGUGAGUGUGAAAUAUUCGAAUAUGGUGGAUGCCAUGGCAAUAAGAACAACUUUGUAACACUGGAAGAAUGUCAAAAGAAGUGUGUGGUAACAGAAUUGCCUCAGAAGAUGAUGUUGGCAAAAAUCGAGAAAGAAAAGCCCAGCUUCUGCUUUCAGAAGAGAGACCCUGGAAUCUGCCGAGGCUAUUUUUCCAGGUAUUUCUAUAACAAAGAAACAGAGUUAUGUGAAGUAUUCAAGUAUGGUGGGUGCCUCGGAAACCAGAACAACUUCAGGAAUUUGGAAGAAUGCCAGAGUACCUGCCAAGGCAACUCAAAUUUAUUGCAAACUGUUCCAGCCGAAGAGCAGCCUAACACUGUGAACAGUAGUUCCGCAGUGAAUGAACCCAACUGGUUUCCUGGGAUUUUUUUAAAUUUGUUGCCAACUGCUCCAAAUAAGAAGUCCAACACUCUGAACAGUAGUUCCCCGAAGGAGGAGCGCAACCAGUUUCCUAUUUUUUUUGAACCACCCGCUAUCCCUUCUUUGUGCAUGACUCCUAUGGACAGAGGACUCUGUAGAGCCAAAGAGUUAAGAUUUUUCUACAACUACUCAACUGGAAGAUGUCACCCAUUUACCUACAGUGGUUGUGGUGGGAAUGAAAAUAAUUUCAUCUCCAGAAAGUCAUGUUUGAGGAGCUGCAAGAAAGGAUUCAAUAAAAGAAAAGGUGAAAGAAGACUAAUAAAAAUCAAGAAGAAAGAAACAGUCAGUAAAGGCUCUGGGCAGGGAAAUAAUUCCUGA